AGAGCGGCGCGCGCGCGCGGGCAGUCGGGCAGCGCCCGGGCGGCGGCGGCGGCUGUGGGAGCGCCCGUCGGCACCCCCCCCCUUCCCGGGACCCCUCUCAACACCGCUCCUCGGGACUCCCGGACCUCCCUCAGCACCGACCCCCGGGACCUCUCUCAGCGCUGACCUCCGGGACCCUCUUCAGCACCCACCCGUGGGACACUCCUCAGCACCACCCUCCUCAGCGCAGAGCCUCGGGACCUCUGUUCAGAGCCGACCUCCCUCAGCCAACGACCCUCAGGACUCCCCUCAGCGGCGGCGGCGGCGGGAUGCGCCGCGCCCCGACACCCAGCCUUGCUAACAUGAUGACCUGACAAGAUAGAGCACAGUCCUGACUAUGCAGCACAGGGACUGAUGGGAAAGGAUCCAAUAUGAGUGUAAAUGAUGUUGGAGGCAGACGACGCUUUGAGGAUAGCGAGUACACGCUGCACAUCUACCCCGGGAGCAUCGCCGAGGGGACAAUCUACUGCCCCAUCACCGCCAGGAAAACGUCCACGGCCGCCGAGGUGAUCGAUUCGCUCAUCAACAAACUCCAGCUCGAGAAAACAAAAUGUUACGUCUUGGCCGAAGUGAAGGAGUUUGGAGGGGAGGAAUGGAUCCUCAACCCCACGGACUGCCCGGUGCAGCGCAUGAUGCUGUGGCCGCGCAUGGCGCUGGAGAACCGGAGCAGCGGCGAGGAUUAUCGCUUCCUGCUGCGGGAGAAGAACCUGGAUGGCUCCAUCCACUACGGGAGCCUGCAGUCCUGGCUGCGGGUGACGGAGGAGCGGCGCAGGAUGGUGGAGCGGGGCUUCCUCCCCCAGCCCCAGCAGAAGGACUACGAUGACUUGUGUGGUUUGCCAGACCUGAACGAGAAAACGCUCCUGGAAAAUCUCAGAAACCGCUUCAAGCAGGAAAAAAUCUACACCUACGUUGGCAGCAUCCUCAUUGUUAUUAAUCCCUUCAAGUUCCUACCUAUUUAUAACCCCAAGUAUGUGAAGAUGUACGAUAACCAUCAGCUGGGGAAGCUGGAGCCCCACAUUUAUGCUGUGGCAGAUGUGGCUUACCAUGCUAUGCUCCAGAGGAAGAAGAACCAGUGCAUCGUGAUUUCGGGAGAGAGUGGCUCGGGAAAGACACAGAGCACCAACUUUCUGAUUCAUCACCUCACUGCCCUCAGCCAGAAGGGAUUUGCCAGUGGAGUAGAACAGAUUAUUCUUGGAGCUGGCCCAGUGCUUGAGGCAUUUGGAAAUGCAAAAACAGCCCAUAACAACAACUCCAGUCGCUUUGGCAAAUUCAUCCAAGUGAAUUACCAGGAGACAGGCACCGUGCGAGGAGCUUAUGUUGAAAAAUACCUCCUAGAGAAGUCCCGACUGGUCUAUCAGGAGCACAACGAGCGGAACUACCAUGUAUUUUAUUACCUCCUGGCAGGAGCGAGCGAGGAGGAGAGAUCAGCAUUUCACCUGAAGCAGCCAGAGGAAUAUCAUUACCUUAACCAGAUGACAAAGAAACCCCUCAGACAGAGCUGGGAUGAUUAUUGCUAUGACUCGGAGCCGGAUUGUUUCUCCGUGGAAGGGGAGGACCUGAAGCACGACUUUGAGCGGCUGCAGCUCGCCAUGGAGAUGGUGGGGUUUCUGCCCAAGACACGCAGACAAAUUUUCUCUCUGCUGUCGGCAAUCCUGCAUCUGGGGAACAUCUGCUACAAAAAGAAGACAUACCGGGAUGACUCCAUCGAUAUCUGUAACCCUGAGAUACUUCCUGUCGUGUCAGAGCUGCUGGAGGUGAAAGAAGAGAUGCUGUUUGAGGCCCUUGUGACCAGAAAGACAGUGACAGUGGGAGAGAAGCUGAUCUUACCAUACAAACUGGCAGAGGCUGUGACUGUGCGGAAUUCCAUGGCCAAGUCGUUGUACAGCGCCCUGUUUGACUGGAUCGUGUUCAGGAUCAACCACGCGCUCCUCAACUCCAAGGACAUGGAGGAAAGCACCAAGACUUUAUCCAUUGGGGUACUUGAUAUUUUUGGGUUUGAAGACUAUGAAAACAAUAGUUUUGAACAAUUCUGCAUUAACUUUGCCAACGAGCGCUUGCAGCACUACUUUAACCAGCACAUCUUUAAACUGGAACAGGAGGAAUAUAGAGCAGAAGGAAUUAGCUGGCACAACAUCGACUACAUAGACAACUCCAGCUGCAUCAACCUGAUCAGCAAGAAGCCAACGGGGCUGCUCCAUCUGCUGGAUGAGGAAAGCAAUUUUCCUCAAGCCACAAACCAGACACUGCUGGAUAAAUUCAAGCGUCAACAUGAAGGGAACUCCUACAUUGAAUUCCCAGCGGUGAUGGAGCCAGCUUUCAUCAUCAAACACUACGCGGGCAAAGUGAAGUACGGAGUCAAGGAUUUCCGGGAGAAGAACACGGAUCACAUGCGCCCGGACAUCGUGGCUCUCCUGCGGAGCAGCAAGAACGCCUUCAUCUGCGGGAUGAUCGGGAUCGACCCCGUGGCUGUGUUCCGCUGGGCCGUCCUCAGGGCCUUUUUCAGGGCCAUGGUUGCGUUUAGGGAGGCUGGAAAACGAUACGUGGAGAAGAAAACUGGGCAUGAUGAUGCAGUGCCAUGUGCGGUUUUGAAAAGUGUGGAUAGUUUUAGCUUUCUCCACCACCCAGUUCAUCAGAGGAGCUUAGAGAUCCUGCAGAGGUGCAAGGAAGAGAAGUACAGUAUCACUCGGAAGAGCCCGCGGACGCCGCUCUCAGACCUCCAGGGAGUCAACACCAUCAACGAGAGGAGCCCACGGGAUGCCUAUGCAGUUGGCUGGAAUGGCCGGAUGGGGAUGAGGCACAACAGGCUGGCCAGCCCUGGCACCUUCCUGGACAAAGAUGGGAUAUUCGUCAACGCCACCAACAGCAAACUGCUGGAGAGGGCCCAUGGCAUCCUCAUGCGAAAUAAGAACUUCAAAGCUAAACCCAGUCUUCCAAAGCACUUGCUGGAUGUGAAGUCCCUCAAGCACCUCACGAACCUGACAUUGCAUGACCGCAUCACCAAAUCUCUCCUCCACCUCCAUAAGAAGAAAAAACCCCCCAGCAUCAGUGCCCAGUUCCAGGCAUCCCUCAACAAACUGAUGGAGACCCUUGGCCAAGCAGAGCCGUAUUUUGUCAAGUGCAUCCGAUCCAACGCCGAGAAGCUGCCCCUGCGGUUCAACGACAGCCUGGUGCUCCGGCAGCUGCGCUACACGGGGAUGCUGGAGACCGUGCGCAUCCGCCAGUCAGGAUACAGCUGCAAAUACUCCUUCCAGGAUUUUGUGAACCAUUUCCAUGUUCUUUUGCCACAAGGGAUCAGCCCAUCUAAGCACAAUAUCCAUGAUUUCUUCCAGAAGAUAAAACUCGAUCCAGACAAUUACCAAGUUGGAAGAACAAUGGUAUUCAUGAAGGAACGGGAGCGGCAGCUUCUGCAGGACCUGCUGCACCAGGAGGUGCUGCGGAGGAUCACACUGCUGCAGCGCUGGUUCCGCAGCCUGCUCUGCAGGAGGCAGUUCCUGAGCCUGCGGCACGCGGCCGUCAGCAUACAGAGAUUUUGGCGAAGCUACCGAAGCCAAAAAAAAGGCAAACCAUCCCCAGACCCUCUAGUUCUCAACAAAGCCGCUGUCAUCCUUCAGAGCCACUGGCGAGGCUUCGUGGAGCGGCGGAGGUUCCUGCAGAUGCAGUUUGCAGCCCAUCUCAUCCAGAGCUGCUGGCGGGAGCACGCCAGGCGCCGGCACGCCGCAGCCACCAGCAUCCAGGCAGCCUGGCGGGGACACCGCAGCCGGCAGGCGUACGCAGCCCGCAGGAGCAGGGCCGUGUGCCUGCAGGCGGCGUGCCGGGGCUAUUUGGCACGGCAAAGGUUUAGAGCUUUGAAAGAGCACCAGUUAAAAGAGAUGCAGCUGGAGAAUGGCCUGGCAGGGAGAGAAGAGGAUGGACUGGAAGCAGAUGGUUUGGAAAUUAAGGGCUCUGACCCAUCUAAGUGGGAGGACAGCUCAUUUGAAGAGCGAGUGAGAGCUGUGGAACAACAUAGAUCACUGAUGGAGAAUAACCGGGUGAAUCACAUGGACCCACUGGAUACUUCCGUGUACAAAAGGCAUGAGAGAGCCAGCAGCCACAGCGGGAUGGACACCGAGGAGGAGAUCAUCGUGAGAGAGAGGCCCAAGUCACUGGAGGAUCUCAACCAGAAAAAAGUGGUUCGUGCAAAGAGGGAAAGCCGGAGGAUGCGGGAACUGGAGCAGGCGAAAUUCAGCUUGGAGCUGCUCAAGGUCCGCUCCACGGGUGGGCUGUCACCUUCGGAAGAGCAGCGCUGGCCCACCGAGCUGGUGUCCGAGGCACUGCAUUCCCCUCAGGGAACCCCGGAGAGCGAGAGCUCUCAAGGGAGCUUCGAGUUGUUAAGCAAUGAAGAUACCUCAAGUAGCAAACUUAUUUCUUUAGUCUUAGAUGAGCAUGAUACGCAGUCAUUUUCCAUGGACUCCCUGCCCAGCAGUCCCCAGGCUCAGCUGCAGGAGGAGCCUUUCUGUGCAGCGGAUGUGAACAAAGACUUGCCCAGCUGCAGACAGACCCCAGCAGACGUGGUGCUGCCUGAUAACCUCACCAGGAAGGAGUGUGGGGUCAGUGACCCCCAGAAUGUUAUAAAGACUCACCCAAGAGAAACACUCCUUUCUAGCAAUCUCCCCACUUUCUACAUUCCACCACAAGACAAUGUGAAGGUGAAGAUGGUGGAGAAUAACCUAAGGAAUAAAGCAGUGGAAAGAGAGGAAAGGACAGUUAUGUUCUCUGAGGUCAGGAAGGACUCUGAUCCAGAUCAGGGUAAAGCCUUGGGAGAAGAGGAGGAAAAGGAUAAACCCUCUACCAAGAGAGAGGAACGUGGGACAGUGACAGCAGCACGGGCCCUUUCUCCAGGUUCUGUCAUUAAGAGACUGGAAAAACUCAAUGUGGAGAAGGAGGAACGGCAAAAGCAGCUUCAGCUGCAAAAUGAGAGGGAGAUGAUGGAGCAGAUUCGCCAGCAGAAGGAAAUUCUGGAGAAACAACGCAAAGCCUUCGAGCAGCAAGGGAGGGUAGAGGCUUUGCAGAGGACAGAGCAGGGCGGAGUGAAGGACCCUUCCCUCAAACCAGCCAAAAAAACAGACAACCGGCCUCAGUCAGUCUUCAUCCUGCAUCCCCAGAGCAGAGGGGAGCAUAGCCCCACCCCAGGCAUGGCUCCAACCUCAGCAGUGGACAUCAAGGGUCUCACUGUUGGGACCAGGGGAAGCUCUCCAGCCCACAGUGCCCCCAAAGACAGACCUGUCAGCAUGUUCGUGGAGCGAAGAGAAGGUCUAGAACCCCGCUGCCAUUCCAAACCAGCUCUGGACCCCAAGGACCACCCAGGCAGCCAUUUCUCAAGGACAGAGCGCCUCCGGCAACCUCGGAUGCCCAACCAGGCCACUGAGGAGACGAGGGCAAGCUCCAUGUUCUUCACACCAAAAGACAAUCCCUUUGGCCUCCACAGAGAGGCAAAUCAUCAGUGCCUUUCCAAGGGGGAAAUAGCACGGAAGCCAUUUAAGAUGCCGGGGUCUGGCAGAGGCGAGACCGUGCAGCGAUUCACCUCUGGGGAAGGCCAGGCCAAACUGCACAAAACCAUGUCCCAAGGGGAGAUUGGGAAGCUGGCAGCCACACAGAAGAGUCUGACUCCAGAUGGGAGGCCUCAACGAGCCAAGAUGAGGUUUUGGGUGAAGGGAAAGCAGGGGGAGAAGAAGACCCACCGGGAGAAGCUUGCUACCCAGUCCGAGCUGCUGGAGCUGUAUGCAGAGCAGGAAGCCCCUGGCAGGGAGGCCAUUCCUGGAUUGCAGCUUGGUGAAGCAGACCUGGGUCCUCAUCACCUGACGCCCCCACGGAGUCCUGAGCUGUCGGGCAUCUACCGGCGGGAAUUCAAGGAGAACAAGGAGCCCUCUCCCAAGGUGAAGCGCAAGCGCAGCGUCAAGAUCAGCAAUGUGGCUCUAGAACCCGUGCAGUGGCAGAACGACUCCCUGCAGAUCAUAACCAGCACCAGCGACCUCAAGAGCAUGGAUGAGUUCCUCCUGAAAAAGAUGAAUGAACUGGACAAUGAGGACAGCAAGAAGGACACGCUGGUGGAUGUUGUGUUCAAGAAAGCACUGAAGGAAUUCCGACAAAACAUCUUCAGUUUUUACUCCUCAGCAUUGGCAAUGGACGAUGGGAAGAGCAUCCGCUACAAGGACCUCUACGCCUUAUUCGAGCAGAUUCUGGAGAAGACCAUGAGGCUUGAGCAGAGGGACUGGAGUGAGUCUCCAGUUAAAGUCUGGGUCAAUACCUUCAAAGUCUUCCUGGAUGAAUAUAUGAUAGAGUACAAACCCCUGGACUACACCGCAGGGAAGAUGCCAAAAACGGAACGAAAGAAGAGAAGGAAAAAGGAAGCGGAUGUGGUGGAAGAGCACAAUGGUCACAUUUUCAAGGCAACCCAAUACAGCAUCCCCACAUACUGUGAAUAUUGUUCCUCCUUGAUCUGGAUCAUGGACAGGGCUUCUGUUUGUAAAUUAUGUAAAUAUGCUUGUCACAAGAAGUGCUGUCUUAAAACCACAACCAAGUGCUCCAAAAAGCACGACCCGGAGCUCUCACCGCGGCAGUUCGGCGUGGAGCUGUCCCGGCUGACCAGCGAGGAGCGGGCGGUGCCGCUGCUGGUGGAGAAGCUCAUCAACUACAUCGAGAUGCACGGCCUCUACACCGAGGGCAUCUACAGGAAAUCAGGAUCCACCAACAAGAUCAAGGAGCUGCGGCAAGGCCUCGAUACAGACAUUGAUAAUGUGAAUUUAGAUGACUAUAACAUCCACGUCAUUGCCAGCGUGUUCAAGCAGUGGCUCCGAGAUCUGCCCAACCCCCUCAUGACCUUUGAGCUCUACGAGGAGUUCCUGCGGGUGAUGGGCUUCCAGGAGAGGAAGGAGACAGUGCGUGGGGUGUACUCGGUCAUUGACCAGCUCUCCCGCACCCACCUCAGCACCCUGGAGCGCCUCAUCUUCCACCUGGUCAGGAUUGCCCUCCAAGAGGAGACCAACCGCAUGUCAGCCAAUGCCUUGGCCAUUGUGUUUGCUCCCUGCAUCCUCCGCUGCCCCGACACAACAGACCCACUACAGAGUGUUCAGGACAUCAGCAAAACCACCACUUGCGUGGAAUUAAUUGUCAUGGAGCAGAUGAACAAGUACAAGGCUCGGCUCAAAGACAUCAGCAGCCUGGAGUUCGCAGAGAACAAAGCCAAGAGCCGCCUCUCCUUGAUCCGCAGAUCUAUGAAGCCCGUACUAAUUGCAGUUAGAUUUAUGAGCAUAACCCGCAGUUCAAUCCCGGGCAAAGGACGCGUGCGACGCGGCGCCUUCCCCAGCCCCGCGUCCCCCGUCACCGGCCGCUUGCCCUCGGUGACAGAUGUCCCUGAGGAGACCCUGAGCAGCGAGGAGGCCAUGGAGAUGGAAGUGACAGAGCAGCAGCAGGUGGCCAUGCAGCAGGAGGAGAAGGUGCUGACUGAACAGAUCGAGAGCUUGCAAAAGGAAAAGGAGGAGCUGACAUUCGAGAUGCUGACACUGGAGCCCCGCGCCUCCGACGACGAAACCCUCGAGUCCGAAGCCUCCAUUGGCACAGCUGACAGCUCUGAAAAUUUGAACUUCGACUCCGAAGGAGCCAUCUCCGAUCGCUCGGAGAGAAGUGUAGCACUUACCUCCCUGCGCCCCGCCAAGGCCGAGGGGCCGAGCCGGCUGCGACGGCACCCCAGGAUGCGGCUGGACCCAGCGGAGCCAACCGACACCCCCGUCUCCUCCUCCUCCUCCUCCCAAUCGUCCACCUCCUGCUUGCCCCACCUGCCCCGGAAGCGCUUCCAGAUGUACUCCAAAUCUCCUUUCUACCGAGCAGGGGGACACGGCGAGAGCCCUGAAACCCGGGCGAGCCCCGAGGGCCUGACGGGGCCUCUCCAUUACGCUGAGGACCGGCCGCAGUUCACCACACGCGGGACCUUCAACCCGGAGAAGGGCAAACAGAAACUGAAGAGUGUGAAAUCUUCCCCCGCAAAAACCAAAGAGCCCCCGGAUGGGGGGCCUGGAGGGGGACGCAAGAGGAACCCUGAGGCCGAUUGCGCUGCCGCCCAACCCCUUGUCCUCAUGGGGAGCAACGAGUUCAUGGUCUGAGGUGCUCCACCCCGGAGCCACAUCCAUGCCGGGGCAGCCUCCCCAUUGGCAAUGCUCUGAUGGCUUCCUCGUUAACGCCAGGAGAUGAAUUCUUAAUUAAAAAGGCCGGGAGGGGACGGUUUUAAUGGUGGCCUUAAUGAUUUGGGGGGGUUGAGACCUUCAGGUGGCUGGGGGAUGGACAGGGAUGGGAGGCGUUGACCGGUUCCUGGCCCUUCCCCUCGGAGCAUCCCACGUCUGGGCACAUCCGCCGCCAAAUCCUCGUGCCGAUCGCCAUCGCCUGUUGGUAGGAGCAAACAGAGCCUAAAAAUCCCAUGGAGCAUCCCGAGCUGGCUCCACUGCAGCCGAGCCCUCCGCGCUUUAACCACCUCAUCCACGCCAACACCAAGUGCAUGGAAAAGUGUUAAAACCUGCCAAAAAUCACCUUUUCCCUUUGUUUUUUUAUUUUUUAACGAGACCUAACCACCUUUCCUUUUUUUUUUCUUUUUGAGAUCAUCAGUAUUAAAAAAUAAUAAUAAUUAUAAAUAAUCGAGGACUACUUGAAGCGAUAUUUGUUUAUAUGCUGGUUCCUGGAGUUUCAUGUAAAUAUAUAUUUUUUUAAUUUUUUUUUUGUAUUUUUCCCCAGACAGAACUUUUUUUUUUUUAACUAGUAUUGUUAUUAUUAUUUUUGGGCUGGAGAGGAGGGGAGCAAUUGGCUGAGCCAUCCUUGGUGUCACCAGCCAUCACUCAAUAAAACAUGGAGUUUUAUUC